AUGGAUGUUAAAGAGAAAACUGAAGAACAACAGCUGUCCACUUCUAAUGCCUCACUCCGUCAACUGGAAACCAGAUCGGUGAUAUCUGCAUCUUCCAAGAGCUCAAGAUUGUCCACAGCAAGUAUGGCAGCAACCAGAGCACGCGCUAAAGCAGAAGCAGUGAGAGCACGUACAAACUUCGUGGAAAGAGAGGCUGAGGUACUUCUAGAAAAAGCUAAACUGGAAUCUGAAUUGUUAUCACUACAGCAUAAAAAGGAGUUUGCAGCGGCAGCAGCAGAGGCUGAGUUUCUUGAAGCGGCUGCAUUAGAGAUUGAGUCAGGAGAAAUUAAUACGGCUACUGAUGUCACAGCGUUUCCACCGGAGACUAUUGAAAAGCGUACAAAGGACUAUGUCGACAGUCUUUCUGGAUUAAGUUUUCACCGUCUCCCUCAUGUUAAAGCAGAGUCUGACUCCUGUGAUCACGAACAGUUUAUGAUCGCGCCUGUGUUUCCCACCACGGCUGUCAUCAUGAGCAAUGCCACACAGAACGUUGACAGACUUAAACAUAUUCCAACUCCUAGACCAGACACUGUAAACCAGCUAAGAAUGCCCAGUGCACGGUUAUCAUUUCCCCAGCACACUCCUGGCAACCUGCCAGACACAUCAAUCUCUCAUAAAGACUAUGUAAAAUUUCCGGUUUCAGAGAAAGUGAGCCAACCUCAGACUUCCUAUCUCAGCGGUUCUACGCAACAGCCUCCCUCGACAAACCAUGCAGGUAUGAGUGAAAUAGCCAGAUACCUUGUGCGUCGUGAGCUUGUGAACUCAGGGCUUAGUAAGUUUGAUGAUCGUCCGGAAAACUACUUAGCCUGGAAGUCAUCAUUUAAGAGUGCUUUAGAAGGAUUAUCGCUCACCCCAAGCGAGGAGCUUGAUCUUCUGACAAGGUGGCUGGGACCGCAAUCCUCAGAACAAGUCAAGAGAUUGAGAGCUGUGCAUGUCGCUGAUCCAGCAGCCGGUUGUAGAAUGGCAUGGUCCAGUCUAGAAGAAAGCUUUGGGAGUGCUGAAAUUAUUGAGAAAACACUUUUUGAUAAGCUGGAUUGUUUCCCUAAAGUGAGCAAUAGAGAACCCCAAAAGUUAAGAGAACUUGCAGAUCUGCUCAAAGAAGUGGAGUCAGCAAAGCUUGGCGGCUACUUACCCGGGCUCUCUUUCCUGGACACAGCGAGGGGCGUGGCACCUAUUGUCAACAAACUUCCUCUUAAUCUCCAAGAAAAGUGGAUGUCCCAAGGGUCUCAAUAUAAGCUUCAGUACCAGCCUGAAAACUCCGUAAGAAGAGGUGGACCACUGAAAAGCUUCAUCUCUACUCACAAAACUGAGGUUGCACAGACAACCAGCUCUUCUGAUUCGCCGAACAGUAAGCCUGAUAUCAGCAAACAAUGCCCCAUUCACAAAAAACCCCAUCCUUUCAAACGGUGCAGAGCCUUUAGAGCUAAGAGCAUUGAGGAACGGAAAAUGUUUUUGAAGGAGCAUAAUAUCUGCUUCAGAUGUUGUUCUUCGAAUGAGCAUGUGGCCAAAGACUGUGAAAAUGUCAUACAGUGUACAGAGUGUGGCAGCAACAAACAUGUCACAGCUCUUCAUCCUGGACCACCUCCAUGGAUACUAAAAACACCCAACACAGAGCAUGGCGGGGAGAGAGAAAGUGCAAACCCUUCCAUCAACUCUAAAUGCACAGAGGUUUGUGGGGAUACAAAUAGUUCACAGUCCUGUUCGAAAAUCUGUCUCAUCAAAGUUCACCCUAAGGGAAAGCCAGACAAAUCACUGAACGUCUAUGCUAUUCUCGAUGAUCAAAGUAAUCGCUCACUUGCCAGAGCUGAAUUCUUCGACUUCUUCAAUCUCAAGGGCACAGAAUUUCCCUACACUCUGCGUACAUGCGCUGGAGUCACAGAAAUGUCUGGGAGGCGGGCUAUGGACUUCAUCGCACAUCCUGUAGAUGGCAGUCUUUCAGUACCACUCCCUACGCUCAUUGAGUGCAACUACAUGCCUGAAGACAGGUCAGAGAUACCCACUCCUGAAGCGGCAAAACACCACCCACAUCUCAAAUCUAUUGCUCAUCUCAUCCCUCCUCUAGAUCCAAAUGCUCAAAUACUUCUCCUUCUUGGACGUGAUAUCCUCCAAGUCCACAAGGUAAGAGAGCAACGCAAUGGGCCACAAAAUGCUCCCUAUGCUCAGAGACUGGACCUGGGCUGGGUUUUGGUUGGUGAGGUGUGUCUUGGGGCUGCUCACAAGCCUUCAACUGUUAGUGUUUACCGCACAAACAUUCUAGAAGACGGGCGUCCAUCUUACUUUAGUCCUUGUCCCAAUAAACUCUACCUCAAGGAGAGAUUAACUGCACAGCCAAGUGUUAAAGUCUCUCACCUGCCCCAAUUUGCUCCCAGCCCUCCGGCCACUUCAGUCUUUGAAAGAACGGAGAAUGAUGAAAAAAUAGCCCCUUCAAUUGAGGAUAGGCAGUUCAUUCAGUUAAUGGACAAAGAAAUGUUCAUGGAUGACACUAACAGCUGGGUAGCACCCCUUCCUUUCCGUGCACGUAGACAACGGCUUCCAAACAAUCGAGAGCAAGCCCUGAGCCGUUUGAACUCUCUCUGCCGUACACUACGUAAGAAACCUGAGAUGAGAGAACACUUUGUAGAGUUUAUGCAGAAGAUCUUUGAUAACAAUCAUGCCGAGCCAGCUCCUCCUGUGAAACCAGGGGAGGAGUGCUGGUACUUGCCCUCCUUCGGCGUAUACCAUCCACGCAAGCCUGGUCAAAUUCGGGUAGUGUUCGACUCCAGCGCCCAGUUCCAUGGUGUGUCUUUGAACGAUGUGCUGCUAACAGGCCCAGAUUUAAACAACAGUCUGCUAGGAGUCCUACUUCGAUUUAGGCACGAGCCAAUAGCCAUCACUGCGGACAUAGAGCAAAUGUUCCACAGUUUCAUCGUCAGAGAGGAUCAUAGGAACUUCCUCCGCUUUCUGUGGUUCAAGAACAACGACAUCUCCCAAAGUAUGGUAGAAUACCGCAUGAAAGUCCACGUCUUUGGCAACAGCCCCUCCCCAGCUGUUGCCAUUUAUGGCCUCAGACGUGCUGCCUUGUAUGGGGAGGCGGAGUUCGGUGCUGAUGCGAGACAUUUCAUUGAAAGAGGCUUCUAUGUUGAUGACGGACUCAAGUCAUUUCCUUCCAUCAACGAAGCUAUCAGUUUGCUUAAGGCUACUAAAGAUAUGCUCGCUAUCUCUAACUUGAGACUCCACAAAAUAGCAUCCAAUAGCCCUGCUGUGAUGCACGCAUUCUCUCCAGCCGACUAUGCCAAAGACUUAAAACAUUUGAAUCUAGACACUGAUUCAGCCCCUUUACAGCGCAGUCUUGGCUUGAGUUGGGACCUUCAGAAGGAUACUUUUACAUUCCACGUCAACCUCAGCGACAAGCCAUUCACACGCAGAGGAGUCCUGGCGACUGUAAAUAGCUUGUUUGACCCUCUUGGUAUGGUGGCGCCAAUCACAAUCCAAGGGAAACUGCUACUCCGUGAACUUUCGAAUGGGAAGUCGGACUGGGAUUGCCCCCUCGCAGCUGAAAAGGAAACGGAAUGGAAACUCUGGAGAGAAUCGUUGCAGGACUUGGAGCAGCUCCAAAUUCCCAGAGCUUACACUGUAAUGUCCAUUUCUCAAUCUGUAAAAAAGGAGAUUCACAUCUUCUCAGACGCAUCUGUUCAGAGCAUAUCUGCUGUUGCAUACUUGAAAGUGACGGAUCAUGAUGGAAUGUGUCAAGUUGGAUUCAUUAUGGUAAAAGCCAAGCUAGCCCCACAGACUGGACAUACGGUUCCCAGACUCGAACUGUGUGCGGCCGUCCUUGCAGUCGAAAUGGCUGAACAAAUCGUCCAGGAACUAGACAUCAAACCUCACACCCUACUGUUCUAUACAGACAGCAAAGUUGUAUUGGGGUAUAUCUACAAUGAGACUCGCCGCUUUUAUGUGUACGUCAGUAACAGAGUUCAAAGAAUUCGAAAAUUCACUCACCCAGAACAGUGGCUUUACAUUCCAACCUCACAAAACCCUGCGGAUGUUGCUACUAGACCAGUUCCUGCGUGCCGUCUGACUGAAACCAACUGGCUCACCGGUCCUACAUUUCUGCGGCAUCCUUCACCCACCCCUGUGAAUGAAGCUUCCUAUAAUCGUAUCGACCCAGAUACAGAUGUGGAAGUGCGAGCAAACGUCACCACCUGUUUAAACCCUACUUCUGGUCUUGGUUCUCACCGCUUUGAAAAAUUUUCAACCUGGAGAUCCUUAAAAAGAGCUGUUGCUUCUCUUAUUCACGUCGCUCAGUCUUUCAGAAACAAAGAAAAGUCGUGUUGCGGCUGGCACCACUCCAACUGUUCGUCCACGCCCGAGUUACUGACUCACGCUGAAAGCGUCAUCAUCAGGUGUGCACAACGAGAGGCUUAUAAAGCAGAAAUCACUUGUCUGGAAAAUGAGAGUGACAUUUCUAAGCAGAGUUCUCUCAAGAGACUUAACCCUAUCCUGGAGGACGGACUCCUAAGAAUUGGUGGCAGACUAGAACAGUCCACACUCCUCAGCAGAGAGAAACACCCUCUCAUCAUUCCUGGCCAUAGUUACAUAGCAACCCUCCUAACAAAUCAUCACCAUGAGAAAGUAAAUCAUCAAGGUCGAGUAUUUACAGAAGGAGCAAUCCGCUCUGCAGGAUUCUGGAUAGUUGGAGCAAAAAGACAGAUCAACGGUGUCCUCCGCAAGUGUGUCACUUGCCGCAAACAAAGAGGUAAAACAGCUGAACAAAAAAUGGCAGACCUCCCUUCUGACCGCAUCAGCAUGGAACCACCCUUUACUAAUGUCGGCUUGGAUGUGUUUGGUCCUUGGAAUAUUUCAGCUCGCCGUACCCGGGGGGGCCAGGCCUUCAGUAAAAGAUGGGCUGUAAUAUUCACAUGUUUAUCCGUGCGAGCCAUUCAUAUCGAACUGAUUGAGUCAAUGGACACAUCAAGUUUCAUUAAUGCGCUUCGCCGUUUCUUCGCCAUACGAGGCCAGGCAAAGAUCAUCCGAUCCGACUGUGGUACUAAUUUCCAAGGAGCAUGCAGAGAGUUGAAUGCACUUGUGGUCUCGACCAAAGAUUCAAGCGUGACCAAAUACCUCAGUGAGGAAGGUUGCAAAUGGAUCUUUAACCCACCUCAUUCAUCCCACAUGGGAGGAGCAUGGGAGAGGAUGAUCGGACUUUCGAGACGAAUCUUAGACUCGAUGCUUCCUCAAAUCAGCUCCUCACAUCUUACUCAUGAAAUGCUGUCAACUCUAAUGGCCGAAGUGUGUGCUGUGAUCAACGCAAGACCUCUCGUACCCAUUUCAACUGACCCCGAAUCGCCCUUUCUCCUCACUCCAGCAAUGAUCCUCAACCAAAAGGUGUGUACCCCGUACGCACCUCCAGGACCUUUUGAAGGUGCCGAUCUAUAUCGGAAGCAGUGGAAAAGAGUGCAGUACCUCGCAAGCAUAUUCUGGGAAAGAUGGAGACGAGAAUACCUUGCAUCUCUUCAAUCGCGCAAGAAAUGGCAAGACAACAAGCCUAAUAUCAAAGAGGGAGACCUGGUCCUCGUGAAAAAUGAUCAGGUGAAAAGGAACGAAUGGCCAAUGGCUCUGGUCACCAAAGCCAUCCCCAGUUCAGAUGGCAAAGUCAGGAAACUGGAACUCAAAGUUACAAAGAGUGGAACUGCUAAGACAUUUUUAAGGCCUAUUACAGAGGUUGUUUUGCUUAUGUGUUAAGUUACUCUGUGAAUUCGAAUUCACUUGUUGGAAAUUCAAGUAUGGCAUUAUGCUUAAUACCAGACGGGGAGUAUUAUGUUAUGUCUAGAGUUAUCCAUUCUUCCCCACUAGAUGGCGCUGUUUGCUUUAGUUUUAGUUGAACUUCCAUCGGAAAAACUUUAUUUGUUGUACUUCAUAGUGACAAUCACGCAAACUUCAGUAGCCAUUUUUCCAGUUAUGCGCAGCAGAGAUCGCGUGCUGUUUUCUCUGGAUUCCAGUGUUGUUGUGUAAUGCCCCAGAGAAGCUUUGCUUGUAAGUUUAUUUCAUAUAAUUGUAAUAUUAUAUUCUUCGUAUCUGUAUCUUAUUAAGAUGAGUAUAUUAGACGCACGUUAGCGGUUCCACGUGCUUUAUACGGACAUUUCAAAGAUCGCCAUGUGA